CUCGGGCGGUCUUCUUACAGGUCGGAAUUGUUCUAGACAUGGCAACCACCAAAGAGAGGAAGGUGAAGAUGGAGAUUGGGGAGCCUGAUAUAAUAAUUGAGGAGCCUCUUACUGCUCCAAAAACAGAACCUAUGGACGUCAAGCCCACCGCAACUGACGCAACUGCUGAGCCAGGUGUAGGCCUUGUUCAUCUCGGUGAUGCCGGUCUUGAAGAUGAAGAUGAGGAGCUGGACGAAGAAGGUAAUGAAUCUGAAGGAGAUGAGGUGGAAAGCAUAGUGGAUAUAAAAAUACAAAACGGUAUCUUCAAGUAUCGUGUACGAUGGGUUGGCUGCAAGCCAAGUGAGGAUACUUGGGAGCCGGAAGAGAGCUUCACAGGAUCCGAGAGUAAGGCGUUACUGGAAGAAUAUCGGCAAGUUCACAAGGACAGGGUAGAAGAGCUACUACAGAACGAGAAAAACAAGAGAGCUAGAAGGACUAGAAAGAGUGGUCCGCGAUGGGAGUAUGUCUCCGAAAUUGUAACAAGAGAGGACACUCUGAAACCCCGUGAAUUGCAGUCAGAUGAUGUGUUUUAUGGACAGACGGCUGCUGAAGUAGCGGCAGCGUCUGGUGAACUGAAGAAAUUGUUUGAUCCUACGCAUAAAAACACGGCAACGGAACUGUUCCUUUCCGCCACUGAUCCUGCUGUUAAAGUCACUAGAAGCCAAACUAAAGCACUCAUUGGUUCUCGAGAAACAUCAAGGUCAAACACACCAAUAUCUACAAAGCUGCUAACAGCAGAGGACACUAGUCGAGGCUCCGUCAGUCCUACUCCACCUCCACAGCCAGCACCAAAAGGACGUCAGAGGAAAGGUAGAGGACCCAACAAGAGAACUACCAAGCGCAAAGCGGCGAAGGAAGAGAUAGAAGAUGCUCCUGCCACGGAUGUGGUGGUCACUUCGGCUAGUCUUGUAGAGAACUCGGAAAGUGUUUCUCCUACAGACAAACCUCCAAUUGUGCUCAAAUUGACAUUGAAAAAAGCGGAACCUGCGAAACGAGGUAAACGAACGGCGUCGGAGAAGACUCCCAAAGAAAGAAAGAAAAGGCAGAAGAAGACGUCGUUGGAGACUGUUGUCACCCCACCAACACCACCAGAGCCGGAAGUGGCUGAGCCUACUCCAUCCGCCAGUGAUGCGGAGGCAGUAACUGACGCGCCACCAGUUCUUGAACCGCAAAUCGAACUCAGUGCGACAUUGCCAUCAGCGGGCGAAAAAAAGAAAAUACAGGAAAGUCCUCCAUCAGUGCUGGAGCCUGCUGCUCAAGAAAAGCCUCCAGUUGUCAAGGGCAGACGAAGAGCUCUGGAAUUUUUACCAGGACCAAUAACUAGGAAUGAACCCUUGACGACUCAGGUGUUGAAUAACAUGUUGCAUGACCUAGAAAUCAAAUAUUAUGGAGACGAAGAGCGGCAUCCAUACUCGCAAGAGCAGUUCAACGAAUGUAUACUAUCUGGUAAUUUUAUGCGGGUAAGAAAAGCUAUGGUGAAUAAUGCAAUGACCGCUCCACGACUAACGAUGUGGACGAAUGUGCACGGAGCCAAUCUGUUGCAUUUGCUAUGCCGUACUGUGAAAUGUGACGAGCGUCAUGGAGGUGAUGACAUCGCUACCGUACUCUGCAAUUUCGCACCUUCGUUGCUGACCGGUCGCGACAGUUACAACCGGUUGCCCAUCCAUGACGCGGUUGAUAAAGGCCAAGUUUGCCGCGUGUACCGUUUGCUUACAUUUCACUCCCCUGUCAAUGUGGUCGACCGCCAUGGUAACACUCCCCUGUCAUUGGCCUACAUGAAAAAUCACGCUAAAAUGGUGCGCAUCCUGUUGCAGGGCGGCGCUUACUUCUGGCCUCUGGAGAACUCGGAAAAGAGGAAACCUGAAAAUUUGAGGAAGCGUCGUGCAUUUGAUGUUUUGACCAAACAUUCACGAAUUUUUUCCGCACAGCUAGUGCGAGCACGUAGGAAAGUGUACAGGCUAUUGACGGAAGUUCGUUCGGCAUCACCUUGCUUCACCGCUCCGUUUGCAGAUGGCCCCGAAUUUGUCUUUAAUUAUCAUCACAAUCCAGUCCCUUUUCCCGAUAAUGGAGGUCAAUAUGGGCACAUCCUUUUCUUGCACGUCUGCAGUAUAAGACCAGAAGGAGGAGUUAUGCAAGUAAGAUGCUGGGGUGGAUUACGGCUUGCGCAAGCUCCUCAACACAAUAAUAAACCUCUUGAGCCAACUAGUUUCACCGAACGUGGUGAUCACAUGAUGUUCUUCAUAUGUCCCAUGAAUGGUGCCAAUACUAUCCAAAUAAAAAUUAGCGAGUUUGAAUUGCCAAAGAAGCUCAUUCUUGCCGCACAGGUGGUUCUAGUGAGACGUGCCGUGCGCGAGAACUCAUCCCACGCCUAUCAUCCCCCUCUAGAGCAAGCACCGAUGGUGGGACCAUUUUUGUAAUUGUCUCCAUACAUGUUGUUGUCUGUAUGCAUGUGUUGUCAUUCAAGUCGUCUGUCUCUAAGACUGUUUGUUGUAUGAUUUUUAUCACGGGUUUUCUGGUUAGGUACAAGUUUUUGACUUGUGGUUGUUAAAUUGUGUCCAUAUUUAUUUAUGUUCAUACUUUUUCAAAACUGAAAACUGUUA